GCUCACUACUUCUCUCAAGAGGGCCACAAAGAGGAUGGAACGCGGCGCCGGCCGCCUGGGCGCGGCGCGUGUCCGCGCGGCGCGUUCCCUGCGGACGACGUGAACGCGCGCGAGGUGGGGGUGGGGAGGGCAAUGGCACGCGCUGCCGUUGCCUUUUCCGCCGCGAGGCACUCGGACCAGUGGUAGAGGCAGCGGGGAGGGAGGGAGAGUAUGUUCAUGUAACUCGGCUCCUUACAACUUUACACAGACACCUUCGGCUCCCGCACUGGGAUGGGACUUAUUUGAGAUCCGGUGCUCUUCCGUGACAUUGGACGAAAAUGAAAAGCUUAAAAGCCAAGUUCAGAAAAACUGAUGCACAUGAGUGGAACAAAAAUGAUGAGCGACUAUUGCAAGCUGUGGAACAUGGCGAUACCGAGAAAGUGGCAGCUCUCUUGGGCAAAAAAGGGACCAGUCCCGUCAAGCUGGAUGGCGAGGGGAGAUCUGCUUUUCACUUGGCUGCUAUCAAGGGACAGGUGGACUGUUUGGGAGCAAUGCUCACUCAUGGCAUUGAUCUAAAUGUACUGGAUGGCUCAGGCUCUAAUGUGUUGCACCUUGCGUCAAAAUUCAGUCAUCAAGAAUGUGUGAGAAGGAUCUUGCAGUACAAAUGUCCAGUGGAAUGUACUGACAGUAAUGGGAAAACAGCAUUGCACCAUGCAGCUACAAGUGGUUCUAUUUUUAUUGUUCAACUACUGUGUGAACACAAGUGCCCUGUUAACACUAAAGAUACUGAAGGUUUUACACCACUGAUCCAGGCUGCGCAAGGCAACCGUGCUGACGUGUGUCUUUAUCUGAUAGACCAAGGAGCGGAUGUGGAUGCACGAGACAAGAAUGGCAGGACUGCUUUAAUGCUGGCCUGUGAACAUGGUAGUGGAAAUGCUGUCGAGAUUUUAGUCAAGAAGGGUGCCAGUCUGAAGUUGGUAGAUGCGUUGGAUCAUGAUGCACUUCAUUACUGCAAGCUCUCAGGAAAUGCCGAUAUCCUAAAUCUCCUUCAGGCUGCACUUAAAAAGGUCCCCGAGGAUCCUGAUAUGAAAUCUGCACAAAUAUCCAAACAGCUGGAUCCUGGCAUUAAAUUCAAUGCAGAUAGAAGUGGAACUUCCAAAAAACGAAAAGCACCACCACCACCAACCAGUGUUACGCAGGGUCUCCAGUCAAGUGAGGUGCCUUCGCCAGAAUCCCAUCGUUCUCCUUCAUCAAAACCUGAGCCAUCUGAAGAGGAAGCAACAUCUAUUAAGGAAGAAGAGAAAAAUGAUGAAAUGAGAAAACUUCAAGCAGAAAAGGCAAAUCUGUUGCAGGUGAUACACAACCUAAAUCAACAACUGCGGGACAAAAACUUGCAAGAGGCACAGCAGAAUGACCUCACAAGAAAAGUACGUCAGAAUAGUGAAGAGAUGCCGGUGGAAUCAAAAGGGAGUGAAACUGAAGGAACAUUAACAUCUAGUGUAGAAGGACAUGACCAGAUCAUGGCAUUGCAGUCACAAAUUGCUUCUCUAGCAGUGCAAAACAAAGAGCUAUGGGACAUUCUACAGGGAAAGGAAAAAGGGGCAAGCAUAAAGUUAGAGGAUGAACAAUUGAGACCAAAUCUAGCAGCAGCACUUGACCUAAAUCUUAAUUCAGCUGAUGCAUACUGUACACUUGAAGCUAAUUACAUCCAAUUAAAGGAAAUGUAUAAAAAAGCUGAAGCUGAAAUUACUAAUCUAAGAGCUGAGAUGCUUUCAAACAAGUCUAAUACCACAGUAAAAACUGAAGCUUUGAAUAACAGUAGUUCCAACACAGAGGUAAAGGAAUUGGAUGAACCAGAGACACAGCAUGCUUUGGCAAUGGAAUUAUUGGCUGAAUUAUCAGAGGAAAGGACGCAGACAUUAGGAGAAAUUAAUGAGAAUGGUUAUUCCCUUGAACAAAAGCUCCAAGAAACACAAAGUAAAUAUGAAGAGGCACUGAAGGAAUUGUCAAGUCUGCGGGCACAGGGGCAACGAAACUUGCACCGCACGGAAGAGCAUAUAUCUUUUUCAAAUUUGGAAAAGUUGACACAGUCCUAUGAAGAUGAGUUAGAGGAAAUGAAGAAGCAGCUGAAAAGGGCUUUGGAAGAUGAAGAACGAGCAAAUAAUAGUGUUAGAGAAAUCGAAGAGCUCUUGGAGAUAAAAGAUAAACUGCUGUCCAAUUGCAUCACUCAGGAAGAGUGCAAGGAGAUGAAAAUAUCUCAUGCCCAACUUAUCGAGAACAUCAAUCAGGAGAAAGCAUUGCUAAUUGAGAAGUAUAAAGAAUCACAAGAGGAAAUUAAAAAGUUACAAGAAAAGCUGAACAGACAAUCAAACUCACAAGAGAAGGAAAGUGAUUUUCAGGAAACGUUGACCACAUUAAACAAAAGAACAGAUGAACUAAAAAAUCAGCUAGCUGCAGUGACGCAACAAUACAAUUUAGCAGAAAGUGAAUUGAAAGAGCUGAAAAAUAAAAAGGUUGAAGUGGCAUUUGAACAUGUUAAUUCAAACUAUAUCCAUAAAGAGCAACAUGAACAAUUACUUCAAGUUCUUAAUGACUCCAUCGAUGAACUGAAAGGCAAGUUGUCUGACCUGGAGACGAAGCUUAAGGGAUCUGAGCAGGACAAUGCCAAAAUGCAGAAGGACCUUGAAAUUCACAAACAGACUUCCAUACCUCUCUCUGAGCAUACAGAAAUAACAAUGUCUCUUGAAAAUACCAUCAAGAACUUUGAUGGCAAAUUACGGCAGAUGGAGCACAAGCUGGAACAGAAGGAAAUACAACUGAAUGUACUAGAAGGAAAUUUGGCUACCGAGAAAGCUGCUGCUCAGGAGGCAAUGGUUCCAAAAUCAGAGUGCGAGAAGAUGACAGCUUCAUUUGAAGCUGAAUCAAAACGGUUGGCUGCUAAAGUAAGCGAUUUAUUGAAAGAGCAAGAAAAACUCUCUACUGAAGCAGCACAGGCUAGGAAGGAGAAUCUGCUUGUGAAAAAUGAGCGAGACACAGCUCAAACUCAGCUUUUGAGCAAAGAGCAAGAAAUCAAGAGGCUUCGCAUCAGGGGCCAUGAUAUGCAGCAAGCAAUGGAAGAAUUGCAAAAGCAGGUGAAAGAUUCCUUGAAAUUAGAAGAAGAUAAAGAAAGGAAGAAUAAUGAACUCGCCAAGGAAGUUAGCAAAUUGAAGGAGGCACUGAACAGUCUCUCUCAACUUUCCUACUCUGCAAACACUCUCAAGAGGCAAAACCAACAACUAGAGGUUCUUCAGCAGCAAGUAAAACAUUUACAGCACCAGCUAUCUGAAGCGAAUCAACGACACCAUGAAGUAGUAUCUGUCUAUCGUAUGCAUCUUCUGUAUGCUGUACAGGGUCAGAUGGAUGAAGAUGUUCAGAAAGCUCUGAAACAGAUUUUGACCAUGUGCAAAGCUCCAACACAAAUGAAGUAAAAUGUAUAACAUAACCUAAAUAUGCUAAUUGCUGAAUAUUCUUUAGUCACUGCUGUUAAACAAUGAUUGUGGGAUAAUGGUUGAUUAAAGUUGCAAAGAAAAAUAAUCUUCAGAUGCUUUCUUUGUUCAACCUACUAGCUGUGUAUUCCUUGCCAUCGUGUUUCACAGUAUGUAGCCUGUAUGUUUGUUCAAGUAUGCCCAUGGUGAACUUCUGUGGGAACAUAGUAGUUUAUAGAACUUCAUUAUGCUAUGUCUGUUAAUACUCGUUUAAUGUAGGUGCGGCAAAAUCAUGAUAUUUUUGGUUAUGGUAAUAACCAGAAGCAACUAAGAUCAGAUAUUUACUAGUCAAAAUACGUUUGUAGAUGAUAAAUUAUAGCAUGUGCUGUUUUGAGGUGCAGAUACAGAAUACAGUGAUGAAGCUUAAAGCCAUCUUGUCAUCCCAAACAGUGCAUGUACCCCUUGGGGAAGCUGUGCCAAAUAAGAGAAAAACAGGGAAAUUAGCUGAAAGAUUUGGGUUGGAGGUGUAGAUAGAAGUUAGUCAGGAAUAUAUAAAGGUGGGUUACAUGAAAAUCAGUUGUAAAAUUCUGCAUGUUUUUUUUGACUAGUGUUGCUCCAGGAGGCUGGCUGGUGGCGUAGUGGUAUCAGCGCCGGACUUUGGAGCAAAAGCUCCCGAGUUCAAAUCCAGCCAGCUCCCUUGCAGGCUUUCCAUCUGUGCUGGGUUGAGCAUCAAGCUAGAAGCUCGGCUUCGUAAAAAUAAGAAAGCCUGCUUAAAAAAAAAAGCUGUCAUGAUGGCGUCCCGAUGGCUCCACUCGGAGUUAAGGGCUUUCUUCAUCAAGUGUUGCUCCAGGAAUCACAGCAACAUUGUUUUUCUCUUUUGUCUUUGUCGGCCUAGUUAGUGAAGUCUUGCUGUUAUUCUUCUUUUGAAGCAUUCCAGUUUAAAUCUGCUUCCCCUCUUCCCCACGCCCCCACCCCUAAUGGUGCAUUCAUUGCUCACUCAACUCCACGGCACAUCCCGUUAUCUCAACAUGAUGCAGAAGUUGAAAUGCAAUUUCUUUUGCUCCAUCAUAAGUUUUUUUUUGUGAAACCUUAUUUAUUUGGUUUAAGUUAAUUAUUACCUUGUACUUAUCCAACAAAACUAUUUUAUGCAUUUUGAGAAAUAGUUACUGAUAUUUAAUCACAUCACUAGUUAGUAGCUUAAUGCAUUGGUUCAUUUCUAGAAAAUUGAAUGGCAGACCUGUUGAAGGUUUGAAACAGUACCUGGGAAGUCAAGCCAUUAUUCAAUUGAUUAUGUGAAUACAAUAUGCUACAUAAAGGCUAUACAGUGUACAGUAAAUUUUGGUAGAUCUAUACAAAACUGCAAUUGCAACUUGUUAAUUGUACCAUUUGUAUAGUUAAGUGAUAGAUUUGUAAAUUAAAUGAUUAUUGACAAGUUUUUUUUUUACUUAUUCUGUAAUCCUGUGUGACCUUCUCUAAAUCAGGAACAGAUAAAAAAAAUUAGUUAUUAAAAUAAAAUCUUUUCAGUAUUUACAGCACAAUGCUGCACGUAAUAUUUGAUCUAACAGCAUACUUAAUAACUAAUCUAAACAAUGAACAGAUAUGCAUGUCACAUUCUAUGUGUCUAUGUAAUAUCUGACCAUUCACAUCCUGACACUGUGAGAAAAUAAAUCAAAGUUGUUAAGAAGCUCAGUAGUAUGGAAGAGUUACAUUAAAAGGAAAUAAUGCACAAAUGCAUUUUACUAAGUAACUGGAUUAGAUAGUCAAUUUGUUUUUUAUUAAAUUAGAUGUUCCAACAUGGUCAGCAUUAUAAUCCCCAUUUCAGUUCAGAUUGUAGAUUAUUUGAUUAAAAUUGGCAACAUUGGAAGAUCAGUCUUGGAAGAAGAAUUAUUUUAAAUACAGUUAAAAUCAUUUGGGGGGGCGGGGGAGUGCAUAAAAUAGUUGUCAUGGAGUACUGAACUUGUUGGAAAGCUAAAUACAGACUAACUUGGAAUAAUCAUACAAUAACAGCAACUUGGAGUUGGAGUUGUGUAAACUAACCUAGUGUUGAUAGUGAGAUUAUACUUUUUUGUAAACAAGCAAAGCAUGGAAUAAUUAAUGGUCAGCAUUUAUAUUGUGCAUUGCCCCACUGGAAUUGUUUGCACAUGUAAUUUUGAACUUUUUGUGAACUACUUAUAUUUGUUUUUAAAAAUGUUUUAACCUACUCUUCUAAAAUAUGUGAAGAAAUUUACAGUUUUAAAACAAAUGUGCUAGAUAAGGGUAUUUUUAAUUCACAUUCAAUAUUUUCUUUAAAAUUGCUUUAUUACCUGUUUAUAUUAAACCACCACUAAACAUUGACUGUUCACUGUUCAAGUUCAAUUUUAUUUUCAUUCUACCUUGUACAUGUAUUCUACUAAACAAAACAAUGUUCUUUCAGACCAAGGUGCAAAACUUAAUACAUAUAACUCACACAUACAACACUUAAAGUAAUAUUACCACAAAUAAAUUAACAAAUAAAAAUAUAGAUUCCAGAAGACUGACGUUUAGCAUAAGGUGUAUUUGCAACACCAAGUUAAAAAGUGAACAUUAUAACACUGCCUGCACAGUACAAAUUAAUGUAAAAUAGGGAUUUCACUGAAGAUAACUUGGGCGGUGUUCCAUGCCCGCAGCCCUCCUGUUGCCCAUGGGCUAUCCAAACCAAUUGUAGCGUUCUGAUAGACAUCAGGCUCCAGGAUGAGCAUUGAUUUGAAUUCUAGCUAGUCUGUAGGACUACUCUUACUAGUGUGUGUAAGAUGAAAGUAUUAGAAAAUAUGGUUUAUAGAAGUGAUUGAAUUGUUAAAGCAUAUUCAAUAUUUGAAUAGAAAAUUAUAAAAUACAGCUAUCAUUCUCUGUAGCAGUUGAAGUUUAAGGUUAAGAGUGAAAAAUGUAGAUAAAGGAAAUAUGAAAUAAAAGAGGAAAUGUUUAAAAUAUUCAACAGAUCAGGUAGCAUUUGCGGAGACGGUUAAAGUUUCAGUUUGCUGAUAUUUCAUCAAAAAUCAAAUGUUUGAUGUUUCAGAAAAGGAAAGUUAAGUACAGAGCAUAAAGAUUAAGAAAGACUGAAUGAUACAAGUGAUAGCAGAGCUGGUGAUGUAGGUUUGUUAACUGCCUAGGCUUCUAGUGAUGGUUUCCACUAUGCUCCCUCCUGGUGGUCCACCUCUGAGUCUUCCCUUGAUUUUAUUUCUCCCAGUCAAAAGUUCCAAUAUCCAUGACAAGCAGACUCCAGUAACUCUGUAGACUGGACCUUCCGCACCCAUCUCCCACCCACACAAUGACUUCCAGUAAGGAUGCUAUUCCAUUCACCCAUUCACCAGUGAAGAUACUAUCUAUCCUAGUGUUGUGAAAUGCCUUUCUUUCCCAUAACUGUAGAUGUAUCUUCUCCUUGACAGGGAUUCCUGACAUUUAUUCCAUUUACUGCCCUAUUCAAACUCCUCCCUGGUGUCCUCCUCCCCCCCCCCACCCCGGUUGCCACCUCUACUUGAUCAACAUCUCUAAUUUUAAGCACCUUCAAUACCAUGUACCACCAGACAUACUCCCCCCUCUCCUCCCUUUUGCUUUCUGAAGGGGCUGAGCACUCCAUAAGGAGUUGGUGCACUAUCUGUGGAAUUCUCUGCCACAGCAAACAGUUGAGGCCAGUUCAUUGGCUAUGUUUAAGAGGGAGUUAGAUAUGGCCCUUGUGGCUACAGGGGUCAGGGGGUAUGGAGGGAAGGCUGGGUUCUGAGUUGGAUGAUCAGCCAUGAUCAUAAUAAAUGGCGGUGCAGGCUCGAAGGGCCGAAUGGCCUACUCCUGCACCUAUUUUCUAUGUUUCUAUGUUUCUAUGUUUACUCUAACUCAAAAACUCUCUCCCCUUCUCCAUGCGUUGUCCCAUAUAACCACAGGAGAGGCAACCCCUUUUUACUAAUUCACUUCUGUAAAUGGAACCAACUACUCAGUGAAGCAGCAACUCACCUACACCUUUAUUUUUUUCUUAAUUUUGUGUAAUCUGGGCAUCAAGAGUUUUUUGAUCCUCAACAGAAAUUUUAGGAAAAGCAAUCUUUCAUAAGAAAGCAUUUAUUUUAGAAGAAUCUACUGGACAUUGAGAUUUAUAAAGUUCAGUAUAAAAAUCUUGAAAAAUCUUAUUAAUUUCUUCAUAUUCCCAAGCCAGGGUACCAUCUUUCCUAUGGAUUUUCAAAAUUUGCCUUUUGGCUCUAGCCGUUUUUAAUUGAGAUGCAAGCAGUUUAUUAUUUUUAUCUCCAAACAUAUAAAACUGGCUCUUUAACUUAAGCAAAUAGCCUUCAAUAGGAUGAGUUAAUAAUAGGUUAUAUUGUGAUUGAAGUUACACCUUUUGUUUGAAUAAAUCAAUAUUAGGGGAAAUUGCAUAAAUAUUAUGCAUAAACAUCAUGCGCCCCUGAGUUUGUCUUUUGAAUUUGAUGAUGCCUGUCCACCAUGGCACAUGUCUCAGACAUUAUUGCAAAAUUCUGACUUUGUCAGUUUCAUUGAAACCCAGAUAAAAGAAUUUUUUCUUUUUAAUGAUAUAGAGGGUCCAUCUAAAUUAAUCAUAUGGGAUACAUUUAAAGCAUUUUUACAUGGUCAGAUCAUUUCUUAUUCAGCUAAGCUUAAAAAAUAGACUAAAGUAGAAUUAGAUAAGAUUUCAAAACAAAUUAAAGACUUAGAUAAUUUUGUGUAAUCUAUUCAAUACUUUUGAUCUUAAACAUAAGAUGCUGGAAGUCCACAGCAGCAGGAACAAAAUGCUGGAGGAACUCAGCAGGUCAGGCAGCAUCUAUAGGGUCAACAUUUUUCGGCCAAGAGGGGGUAGAAGCCAGAGUAGGAAGGUUUAGGGAGGGGAAGGAAUACAAACUGGCAGGUGAUAGCUGAAGCUAAGUGAGGGGGAAGGUGGAUGAAGUGAGAAGCUAGUAAGUGAUAGGUAGAAGAGGUAAAGGUCCAAAGAAGUAGUAAUCUGACAGGAGAGGAGUGUGAAUAAUAGGAGGAAGAGAGAGAUGGUAGGCAGUGAGAAGAGAAAGGGAUAGGAGGGGAGCCAAAAUGGAAAAUGGAAAAUGAGAGGAGGAGGAGGGGGAGAAAUUACCAGAAGUAAUGCAACUUGAGAGUGGUCUUACCAUGACAGUAGCGGAGACCAUGGAUCAACAUAUGGGAAAGAGAAGUUGAACUGAAAUGGGUGGCCACCGGGCAAUGCUGCCUGUUGUGGUGGGUACUCUUGAUGUGAUUUUCUCUCCAUUUGGAUAGAUCAAAUGCAGAUUGUUAGACCACUCUCAAAGAUCUCCAUUUGAUCCAUAUGGCUGAUGCUGAGCUUCCAGAGCGGAGAGCAAGUUUGUAAAUCUGGCGGGAACAAAAGAUGUUGGGAAUGGUGAGGGUAGAGGUGUGUGGUACAGGUGGCAGAAAAGGACUGCCAGGGGUGGGGGGGCGGGAUUGUUGGUGCAGAUAUACCCAGCACUGAGAGACUAAGCAAGGUCACCUGAUGCCAAACAAUUGGUUUAUUGAUCAUUACAGAAUGUCUUUCUGAUGCCUCUCACUCUGUCCCCUCUCCUUUCCCUUCUUCCUAAUUAUAAUUCCCCUCUCUCUACCUCUUCCCACUCUCAGUGCACAACAGAAGACACAUCAUAAUCAGGUUUAUCAUCGCUCAUAUAUAUCAUGAAAUUUAUUGGGGUUUUUUUGCACAAUACUGUAGGAAUCAUGGUGAGAUGGCUAAGUGGAUCCAAAAUUGGCUUGGUGAUGGGAGUCAGAGGAUAGCUAGGGGAAUUUCUGAUUGGAAACUGCAGUCUUCAUUGCUGGGAUCUUCGCUGCUUGUUAUACAUAUUAAUGACAUGAAUGUAGGAGGUCUGAUUAGCAAAUUUGCAGAUGACAUGAAGAUUAUUGUGAGCAGCAAGGAAUGGUAUUUAAGGCUAUGUCGAGAUAUAGAAAGUUGUGUGGGAUAUUGGCAGAUGGAAUUUAUCCCAAGUGUGAGGUUAUGCAUUUUGGGAAAUCAGAUAGUGGUAGAACUUAUGCAGUAAGUGGUAAGACACUAAAGUAUUGAUGAACGGAGACUUGGGUCCUGGGGGAGGGUCUAAGCCCACAGUUCCCUAAAAGUGGCUACACAGGUUGAGUAGAGUGGUGAAGGCAUAUUCCUUUCUUCAUAGGUCAGAGCACAAAAUAUAAAAGUUGGGACAUUGCUUCAACUUUCCAAAACACUAUUAGGCUGCUCUUUGAGCAUUGAGUGCAGAUCUGAUUACCACAUUAUAGGAAGAAUGUGAUGGUGCCUGAAGAGAGUGCAGAGGAGAUGAGUGCAGUAAGUCGUCUGGACUUCAGUGAGAUUCAGCAAGUUGGGCUUGUUUCACCUGGGUUGAAGAAGACUGAAAAAUUAAACAGGUAUAGAGGAUUGAGGGGCAAAGAUAGGCUAGGUAGUUAAAGUAUUUUCCCCAUAGUAGAAGUAUGUGAAAGAAGAGUGUGUAGGUUUAAAUAAAGAGGAAGUUUUAAAGAUCAUUUGAGGAGUAACUUAUAGAGUGUGUGGUCGAUAUCUAAAUUGCACUGACAGAAGAGGUGGUGGAUUCAGAUGCAGUAACCACAUUUAAGAGGCAUGUAUGACGGACUUAAAUGGGCAAGGCAUAUAAGAAUAUAAGCCUCGUGUAGGCAAAUGGGAAGUGCAACUGGGCGAAAUGGUCAGUAUGGACGGGAGGGUCAAAAGGCCCGUUCCAGUGCUAUAUACAUUUAUGAAAGAUAAUCAAUCUGUAAGAUUUUAUUCUCUAUUUUCUCUCUCCUCAAAUGCUGCCCUCAUGCACAUUAUGAUCAUUGUAUUAGUUCAGAUUUCCAGGAUCUGCUGCAUUUUGUGUCUCAUAAUUCCAGUAUUUGUUUUCAUCUCUUUUCAUCUCAUUUGGUAUCUUCGCAACCCCCCCCCCACCCCACCCCAAAACUAACAUUGGAUAUUUUCCUUCCUCUCCACCACUUCUCUGUCUCUUCAACUGGAAGUUAGAAAUCAAGCAUUCUUUCAAUUCUGAUGUCUCAGUGUCUCAUCAAGUUGAAAUAAUAAAACCGUUUCUCCUACUUUCCCCUUUAGAGUACCUGGCCCACUGAGUAUUUCCAGCAUGUUUGAUUUAAACGGUCAGAUGGACUGUUUUCAUUCUAUCAUAUUGUUCUUCUAAGUGAACAUGGCUUAGGUAAAACACAUUCAAGCUGAUGUAUGACCAUUUGCAUAAUCCAGAUGACUUCAUUUGGAAGCCAUUUAUUUAGCCAAUUCAUGAUCAAAAUAAUAUUUACUAUCUGUCUGAACUAAAAGCCAUCUUCAUGCACUUAACAAGAAAGCUAAGGUCAAGCCAAACAGUUUUUGUGCAAAAUAUAUUACUAGUUCUUCCACUUUAAAAAUCAUUUUUUUUAUAAAAAUGUAGUGUCUAAUAUGACACCAGCUACACCCAGCCCAUCCUAAAAUGUUUGUAUAAUGCUUAGGAUAAGUUGCACUGAGAUGGGGCACAUCUCUGGGGUCUGUGUGAAAUGUUGGCUUGUAAACUCUGGUGUUGAACUUGUAAAAUAUACCACUUCUGAAAUAAAUUUUAACUGCUACAUUGACAUAAGAGCAAUAAAACAUGCUUUUAUUUAUUGUAUCUGCCUAAACUACAACUUCAAAAUGACAUUAGAAUCCACUGAAAUCAGUACUAUGUAUU